UUGAACGACUCGUUCUUUCAGACUGGAAGUGUAUUUUUGUUAACGGGCAAACUGGAAACCUUUACUGCCCAUUUCAGGCUAGACUAUGGUGGUCCUUCCCGAGAAUUAUUCUACUUGUUAUCACGAGAACUAUUCAACCCUUAUUAUGGUCUCUUCGAAUACUCUGCUCCAAAUCAGUACACUGUACAAAUCAGUCCUCAUUCACAUCUUGUACAACAGGAAAUGCAAUGGAUGGAGCUGGCUGGACGAGUGCUUGGAUUAGCGUUAUUGCAUCGAUGUCUUAUUGAUACGUUCUUCACUAGAACAUUCUACAAGAUGUUACUGGAACAGCCAGUCACUUUGCAUGACCUACAAGAUGUGGAUUCAGAGUUCUAUCGUAGCAUGUUGUGGAUUCGGGAAAAUCCAGUGGAUCCAUCAUUAGGCAUGACAUUCGUAGUUACUGAGGAGGAAAAUGGACAAGUGGUGGAAAAAGAAUUGCUGCCGAAUGGCGGUACCCUUGAAGUUGCUGAUAGCAAUAAGGAGGAAUUCAUCUCUUUGAUGGUCAAAUGGCGAAUUGAGAGGGGAAUUCAGAGGCAGUCACAAGCACUUUUGAGAGGCUUGCAUCAGGUUAGUUACCCAAUCCAGGUUACA